AUGGCGAGGAACACCCUGUUCUUCAUAGCCAUCGCUAUCGUUGCGCUCUCCUUCGCGCCCAAGGCUUAUGCCUUCGGCGCAGGCAAUAUCCCUUCCUACUCGUACAUGGAGGACAAGGCCUUCCGUCACGGAGACAUUGAAGAUGUCAUCGCCAAGAUGAUCAAGAUCACCGGAGGCGGCUUCCUCAGCCGCGGCGUCAAGUUCAGCGGCCUCGACGCGCACCUACUUUGGAAACUGGCUCAGAGACUACUCCCAGCCCACGGUUACGCCACCGGCGAGUUCGAGGUCACCAAGGAGCGUCUCGGUACCUACCUCCCGACCGAGCACAUUGACAACCCCAAGGGCUACGGCGAGGGCGAGGACCCCCGCAAGUACGACCCCCGCCUGCGCCCCCCGGUCGACCCUCGCGAGCUCGAGAUCGACCCCCAGUCGGGCAUGAAGAACUACAUUGCGAAUGACCAAGAACUCGGCCGCCGAGUACGAGGCCUUCCGCCUUCUUGGCCAGGCCCUCCACACUCUGACUUCACCGCGCACUCGAACUACUGCGAGCUUGUCCUCAUCUCGCUCGGAUACCAGAACGUCUUCCCCCACGUCGGCCGCAACACUCAGAUCCGCAGCCCCCAGGGCCGCCCUGUCUUCCCCCUCGUCACGGGAUCGUUCGGUGGUGCCGACUUCAUUCACUCGCUCAUGGGUGAGGCCGGCGACAAGCUGUCCUCGGACCCCUCCACGAUGAGCCCGCAGGAGCUGUACCAGACGCUGUGGAAGAUUCUCAGCUUCCGUGACUCGGUCAUGAAGAAGAUUGAGAACACGCUCGACAAGAUCCCUCUCCUUGGAGCGCUCGUCGAGAAGAUCUCCAACUCGGUCUCCGUCUUCAUCAUGACCACACUUGAGCCGUACGUCAAGCCUCUUCUCGGCACUGCGACCACUGCGCUCGGCGACUCGUCCCAGGCGCUUCUUGACGCCCACAAGGACGACCAGUUCGAGGUCUGGAACAACCCGAACUCGACCGACCCGACGCACUCCUUCCUCUCGAAGGACCACUUCGCCCUUAUCCUGAACGAGCCUGCCGGCCAGAUCGCCAAGAUCAUCGUGCAGUACUCGGUCGAGCGUAUUGUGCAGUGCUGGAGCGACAGCAACAUCAACCCCAACCAGGCGAUCACCGACAUUCUCGGCUGUCUGCACCACCCCGACUUCCGCAACCCUAACUCGCAGAUCCAGACGCAAAUGUUUGAGCACAUGCGCAACUGGAUCGAGCAGACUGGCCGCGACAAGAACGAGAUCAUCAACCGUCUCGGCUCGGACAACGUGCGCAACGGCAAGAACAAGCGCAUCGGUGACAACUCGGCGGACACGGGACACGUCCACGCCGCGGGUCUCCCCGACGGUGGUCUGCAGGCCGUCCUCGCGCAGCACAACGUGCACGUGGACCUUGCUAGUGGCAAGAUGCAGGGCUUCGGCCAGGGCGGUCAGCACGCCUGGCGUGGCAUGGACGACGGUGCCCAACAGUCGUACGGCGGUAACAACUCGUACAACCAGCAGCCUCAGCAGUCGUACGGCGGUAACAACUCGUACGGCCAGCAGCACCAGCCUCAGCACCAGCAACACCAGCAGUCGUAUGGCGCACCCCCGGGUCCCCCUCCCCAGCAGUCCUACGGCCAGUCUAACUACGGACAGGACCAGUCGUACGGUCAGCACGGCCACGGUCACCACCAGCAGGGAGGCUUCAACCAGCCUCCUCAGCAGCAGUACGGCGGCCAGCAGGGCGGAUGGAACCAGCCCCCGCCCCAGCAGUACGGCGGCGGCGGCGGUUACGGACAGCCCCCUCCCCCUCCUCCCGGCCAGUACGGCGGUGGUGGCUAUGGACAGCCUCCCCCUCCUCCGGGACAGGGACAGUGGGGCCAGCAGCAGAACCAGUACGGCGGUAACAACCAGUACGGAGGUCAGCACGGGCACCACGGUCCGUCAGGAGCUGGCAGGUGUUUGAGUUUCCCCCCACCCUUCAACAGAGCAGUUUAUGAGCAGAAGUAA